UCGAAUAUAAUGUCCGGAAGAGGAAAAACUGGAGGCAAAGCCAGAGCUAAGGCUAAAACCCGCUCCUCCAGAGCUGGACUCCAGUUCCCCGUGGGUCGUGUCCACAGGCUGCUGCGUAAAGGAAACUAUGCGGAGCGCGUCGGUGCCGGAGCCCCCGUCUACUUGGCGGCUGUUCUAGAGUAUCUGACCGCUGAGAUCCUGGAGUUGGCUGGAAACGCUGCCCGCGACAACAAGAAGACCAGGAUCAUCCCCCGCCACCUGCAGCUGGCUGUCCGCAACGACGAGGAGCUCAACAAGCUGCUGGGCGGAGUCACCAUCGCCCAGGGCGGCGUCCUGCCCAACAUCCAGGCGGUGCUGCUGCCCAAGAAGACGGAGAAACCCGCCGGCAAAGCGAAGUAGACCUGGAUCAGCUGUGAUCCACAAAAACGGCUCUUUUAAGAGCCAC